AAUGAGAAGAAAGAAUCGAAUCAAGAAAUGGAAGUGGAAACACGCAAACCGAAAUGAGAAUUCGCGCUGACUCUUCACUGAGACUUAUCAGUCACGCGACCCAAUAUGUCACAGGGAGGAGUUCUCAAGCGAUUCUGCAACUGCAGAAUUCUGCGCGACGGCAGAAUUGAGACGGAGGAUCUCUGGGUGCGCGACGGCAAGAUCGUCAACCCGGAGAAGAUUUUCUAUGACGAGAAAAUCACGCCAGAUGUUAGGAUCGACUGCGGCGGCAAUCUGAUCUCACCGGGAUACAUUGACGUGCAGAUCAACGGAGGCUUUGGGAUAGAUUUUUCCUACAAUGUUGACAAAGUGGAAGAGGGUAUCGACAAGGUGGCAAAAGGAUUGUUAGAGUACGGAGUUACAUCCUUUUGUCCAACUCUGGUUACAUCUCCUAGAGAAAUAUACCAUCAGAUAUUACCAAGAAUAAAGAAGAGAAACGGAGGUAGUCAUGGCGCUGCUAUACUUGGUGUUCACGUAGAAGGUCCAUUCAUCAGUCCAAGCAAAAAGGGUGCCCAUCCGGAAUGCUUUAUUCGAAAAUUUGACCAGGGUUUUAAAUCAGUUAUUGAUACAUAUGGCGAUCUGGAUAACGUGUGCAUGUUCACAUUGGCGCCAGAAAUUUCAAACGCUGCUUCUGUUAUUGAAGAACUGUGCAGGAGAAACAUCAAAGUAUCUCUUGGCCAUUCCGUAGCGAAUCUAAGAGAAGGGGAACAAGCCGUUAAACACGGGGCAUCAUUUAUCACUCAUCUCUUCAACGCGAUGCUGCCUUUUCACCACAGAGAUCCGGGAUUGGUCGGUCUCUUAACAUCCGACCAGAUCCCACUUGGUAGAAUCGUUCAUUUCGGCAUAAUCUCCGACGGGAUCCACACGCAUCCUGCGGCAUUGCGAAUUGCACAUAAAACGCAUCCCGAAGGUCUCGUUCUUGUGACCGACGCGAUUUCGGCGUUGGGUUUAGAGGAGGGAAUCCACAAGCUGGGACAGUUCGAAAUAGAAAUACGCAAGGGAUCCGCCUAUAUUGCCGGAACGGAUACUCUGUGCGGCAGUAUGGCGGAGAUGCCGAAGUGCGUGAGAUACUUCAAAGAAGCUACAGGUUGCUCGAUAGUCGAGGCUCUCGAAGCGGCUACUCUGCAUCCCGCGAGAGUGCUCGAUAUCGAUUCCCACAAGGGUACUCUCAACUUCGGGGCCGAUGCCGAUUUUAUACUGCUAGACGAGAAGCUGGAAGUGCUGUCCACGUGGAUCUCGGGAGAGUGCGUUCACGAAAAAACUAUCGGCGCGAUAGAAAACAACUCGACGUGUGAACGUAAGUGAAUAAUAGAGAUCAAAAAUUAAAACCGAUAUCGAUUCCAUAUCCAUUUGAAAUAGGGAAGAGCUACGGAACGUAGCUUCUUCCACGUUACUCUGAAACUCUUGUUUCCAUUUGUACUCGCAGUUUAACGCUACAAAUACGCGUAUAGUAUUUUUAUACAACAAAAAAAGAUAUUAAAAUUUAUAUCAUAUUGAAGAAUAUCGAAGACUUUUUUUUAUUAAAUUCUUCGAUUUUUCUGACUAAACGAAAUGUAUUUUGCAAAGUGGAGUUUUUACAUUUGUAUGAGGAGAUAAUUUGGGUAUUUUAUACAUGUAUAAAAGAGAUUAAGCAUUUUAUAUAUAGAU